AAGCUCGACCUCAAUAGUGGAUCAGCAUAAGUCUUCAGACUUCUUUGUUUUUUUUUUUUGCCGCGCCUCACUCUCUCUCCAUUUUGCCAACCAGCUAGAAUCAGAAAUCAGUUUUCUCAGCUUUAAAAUUUUUUUUGGUCAACCUUCUGAUAUAGAUACAAUACCUCUUCGUUUUCCUCCUUCAUUUAGUUGAUUUUUACUCUUUUCGACCUUAUUAGAAUCUGUUUUCCUUUCCUCAGGGAUUUCAGGGAAUUUUUACAUUCAGUUCCUUGAUAAUCUCGACUAACAUCCGCGCAAAAUUCUCAUUUUCGUGAAAAAAACACAUUUUUUCAGAUUUUCCAAGUAAAAAACGGCAGAUCCGUUUCGCUGUUUCACUUUCUUCUCAGGCGAGGCACCCCACAGAUCUGCGAACUCCUCUCUUUAAAGGUCAACCAAAUCUCUCAAAAGCGCUCUUUUCUUUAUUUCUGCCAACUCUUUGGGCGAGUUCAUGGAAACCGGUGAACCCAUCUCUGUAAAAAAUCCUUCUUUUCUGUAACAGAAGAAGAAACCAGUUGUAAAUCUGCUCUGUUAUCCCCACAACAGAAUCAGUCAACGCUUCUGUUCCAGCUUUCUAAUGGGAUCCCUUCUUCACCCUCAAACUUCUUCAUCUGAGCAUACCACAGAAGAUGAGAAGGAACCUAUUGUGUUCAUUAAUGGAGUGCUAAAGGAGAAUGGAUUUUAUGGGCAUGAAUUUGUAGGUGUCGGAGAUUCAAAGCCUCAGCAGGUCCCUUAUCUCCUCUCACCAUUGAGUUGGUUUAAAGUCCUUUCGAAGGAGACGCACUGGAGUUUUGUUUUUGGGGUCAUUGUAGUGUAUGGAAUCAGCCAGGGAUUUGCAGGUGGAACAUGGAAAGUUUCCAUUGAAUACUACUGGAAGGAUGUGCAGAAGGUGCAGCCUUCAGCAGCACAGUUUUAUCAUGGGAUCAUAUCAAUUCCAUGGAUUGUUAAGCCUCUUUGGGGUCUUCUAACAGAUGUUCUUCCAAUGGCUGGGUACCGAAGAAAACCAUAUUUCAUUUUUGCAGGAAGCGCAGGUGUAGCUAUAGCAGAUGUGACUAUAGAUGCCUGUGUUGCGCAGAACAGUAUUGCUAAACCUUCUCUUGCGGCGGACAUGCAAAGCUUAUGUGGAUUGACUGCCUCCAUUGGAGCACUUAUAGGUUUUUCGUUAAGUGGGAUACUCAUUCAUGCCAUGGGAUCACAGGGGGUAAUUGGCUUGUUAAGUAUCCCAUGUUUGCUGACAUUCUUAGUUGGAAUAUUGAUUAAGGAGCCACAUACUACUAAUUUUGCUUACACUGAGGUUCACAAGAGGUUUCUGCAAGUUGGCAAAUCUAUGUGGUCAACUUUGAAAUGCCCACAAGUUUGGAGGCCAUGCUUAUAUACGUAUAUUACAUUUGCCCUGAGCCUUAACAUUCAGGAAGGAAUGUUUUAUUGGUAUACAAAUCCUAAGGCUGGUCCUGCUUUUUCCCAGGAAAAUGUUGGAUUCAUCUUCUCCAUCGGAUCGAUCGGUUCGCUUUUGGGCGUUCUGCUUUACCAAAACCUUCUAAAGGACUUUCAGUUCCGCGGUUUGCUUUUCUGGUCGCAACUCCUAACUGGCUUCGUUGGAAUGCUCGAUUUGAUUCUGGUGCUCCGUCUGAACUUGAAGCUAGGGAUUCCCGAUUAUUUCUUCGUCGUCCUCGACGAGUGUGUUUCGCAAUUGAUUGGGCGCCUAAAGUGGAUGCCGAUUCUCGUCCUGAGCUCCAAGCUUUGUCCAUCAGGUAUCGAAGGAACUUUUUUCGCGUUGCUUAUGUCCAUUGAUAAUGUCGGCUUGCUCUCAUCGUCCUGGGGUGGUGGGCUAUUGCUUCGUCUCUUGAAGGUUACGCGCACUGAAUUCGGUAACCUUUGGACGGCAAUUUUGAUCCGCAAUAUAAUGAGAUUGUUGCCGUUGUCGUUGUUAUUUUUGGUUCCCAAAACUGAUCAGAAUUCGAAUCUUCUUCCUCCUGAGAUGUUAAUGAAAAAUGGAAGCACAAAUAGUCCGAAAGAAGCUGAUGUUGAAUUGGCAUCUCUGGUAAACAGCUCCUAGAGGAUUUUUUUUAGUAAAAUUGGUUUUUUCGUCUUCUGUAAUUGCUUCAAGUAGUGAUUUAGCUAUAAUAUACCAUUGUUCUUUGUCAUUUGUACACACACUUUAGUAUUACCUGUGCAUCUUUGUAGGAUUCCAAAUUUUUGUUAAGAAUACAAAUAUUUAC